AUUAACUUCGACCACGCCCAUGUUAAGAUGGCCGCCAGGCUCAAAGACGAGGAAUCAGCCACAGGACGAGAUAACAAGUACUCCAUUUUGUUGCCGACCUAUGAAGAAAGGGAGAAUUUACCACUGGUCGUGUGGCUCAUAGUGAAAAGCUUUGAGGAGAGUGGACAUGAUUACGAAGUUAUUGUUAUUGAUGACAAUAGCCCUGAUGGAACACUUGAUGUUGCAAAACAGCUUCAAAAUAUUUACGGAGAAGACAAAAUUGUUCUUCGUCCUCGUAAAGCUAAGCUAGGGUUAGGCACGGCAUACAUUCAUGGGAUGAAACAUGCAACCGGUAACUUCAUCAUACUAAUGGAUGCAGAUCUCUCACAUCACCCAAAGUUUAUAUCGCAGUUCAUUAAGAAACAAAGAGAGGGGAACUAUGAUGUGGUCACUGGCACUAGAUACUUGUCCGGAGGUGGGGUCUAUGGAUGGGACUUGUAUAGAAAACUAGUGAGUCGAGGUGCAAAUUUUCUAGCUCAGUUUAUGUUGAGACCAGGAGCCUCUGAUCUUACUGGGAGUUUCAGGUUGUAUCGUAAAGAAGUCCUUCAGCAUCUGAUGGAGGUCUGUAUAUCGAAAGGAUACGUGUUUCAAAUGGAGAUGAUCGUGAGAGCAAAGCAACACGGAUACACAGUGGGAGAGAUUCCGAUCACAUUUGUCGAUCGACUUUACGGAGAGUCAAAGUUAGGUGGAACUGAAAUAGUCUCGUACGCUAAAGGACUCCUCCAACUCUUUGCUACUACCUAGCCCCUCCCCAUUCCACACCCAUUUCAAUAAUAUAUGCAAACUC